CCGAAACACCGUAAUACACUAGAAUACACUGCGCGUCAGUUUUGUUGAGUUUGUACCGUUUUCCACCCCUCGACAAGUGAACAUUCCCCCAAAUUCACAACAAUUACAAAACAAACUAUUUAGACUCUGAAAGAUGUACGCGGACGAAGGCGGUCCAGAGCAGUACGAGGAUGACGAUCCCGAGGAGAUCUCCUCGAAGCUGUGGCAGGAGGCCUGUUGGAUCGUCAUCAACGCCUACUUCGACGAGAAGGGUCUGGUGCGUCAGCAGCUGGACAGUUUCGACGAGUUCAUCGAGAUGUCCGUCCAGAGGAUCGUCGAGGACUCCCCCCAGAUCGACCUCCAGGCCGAGGCCCAGCACACAUCCGGCGAAAUCGAGAGCCCCAUCAGGCAUCUCCUCAAAUUCGAGCAAAUUUACCUGUCAAAACCCACCCACUGGGAGAAGGACGGUGCACCUUCCCCCAUGAUGCCCAACGAGGCGCGUCUACGAAACUUGACUUACUCAGCUCCUCUCUACGUAGACAUCACGAAGACAAUCGUGAAGGAGGGUGAGGAUCCUGUGGAGACCCAGCACCAGAAGACAUUCAUAGGGAAAAUCCCAAUCAUGUUGAGAUCGAAGUACUGUUUACUCGCCAGUCUCUCAGAUCGUGAUCUGACGGAGUUGAAUGAGUGUCCUCUGGACCCUGGGGGCUACUUCAUCAUAAACGGUUCAGAGAAGGUUCUCAUUGCCCAGGAGAAAAUGGCCACCAACACUGUUUACGUCUUCAGCAUGAAGGACGGAAAAUUCGCGUACAAAGCUGAGAUUCGUUCGUGCUUGGAACACAGCUCUCGUCCCACCUCGACAUUGUGGAUCAACAUGAUGGCGAAGAGUGGAGCAAGCAUAAAAAAAUCUGCGAUUGGUCAGAGGAUCAUUGCCAUUCUUCCCUACGUGAAACAGGAGAUUCCCAUUAUGAUUGUCUUCAGGGCUCUGGGGUUCGUGGCUGACAGGGACAUCCUGGAACACAUUAUCUAUGAUUUCGAUGAUCCUGAGAUGAUGGAGAUGGUCAAGCCGUCGUUGGAUGAGGCCUUUGUUGUUCAGGAGCAGAAUGUCGCGUUGAACUUCAUUGGUACCAGGGGAGCUAAGCCUGGUGUCACGAAGGAGAAACGUAUCAAGUAUGCGAGGGAAAUUCUGCAGAAGGAAAUGCUGCCCCAUGUGGGAAUCAGCGACUUUUGUGAGACGAAGAAGGCUUAUUUUCUUGGAUACAUGGUGCACCGUCUCCUGUCAGCAGCCCUGGGUCGCCGAGAGCUCGACGAUCGUGAUCACUACGGGAACAAACGUCUCGACCUCGCGGGUCCCCUCCUGGCCUUCCUCUUCCGAGGUCUAUUCAAGAACCUCAUGAAAGAAGUGAGAAUGUACGCCCAGAAGUUCAUCGACCGCGGGAAGGACUUCAACCUCGAGCUGGCGAUCAAAACAAAGAUCAUCACCGACGGUCUGCGGUACUCCCUGGCCACUGGCAACUGGGGAGACCAGAAGAAGGCUCACCAAGCAAGAGCCGGAGUGUCUCAGGUAUUGAACAGACUGACAUUUGCAUCGACCCUCUCCCAUUUGAGAAGAGUGAACUCUCCAAUCGGUCGUGAUGGCAAGCUCGCCAAACCCAGACAGCUCCACAACACCCUCUGGGGAAUGUUGUGCCCCGCUGAGACCCCAGAGGGAGCUGCUGUUGGUCUCGUGAAGAACCUCGCCCUCAUGGCGUACAUCAGCGUUGGCUCCCAGCCAUCACCGAUCCUCGAGUUCUUGGAGGAGUGGUCCAUGGAGAAUCUCGAGGAGAUAGCUCCCAGUGCCAUCGCAGAUGCCACCAAGAUCUUUGUGAACGGCUGUUGGGUGGGCAUCCACCGAGAUCCCGACCAACUGAUGGCAACACUACGAAAGCUUCGACGUCAGAUGGACAUCAUCGUCUCCGAGGUGUCUAUGAUCAGGGACAUCAGAGACCGAGAGAUCAGGAUCUACACAGACGCUGGGAGGAUCAGUAGACCCUUGCUGAUCGUCGAGAACCAGCAGUUGUUGUUGAAGAAGAGACACAUUGACAUGCUGAAGGAGAGGGACUACAACAACGAUGGCUGGCAGGAGCUGGUGGGCUCUGGAGUGGUCGAGUACAUCGACACUCUGGAGGAGGAGACAGUGAUGAUUGCCAUGUCCCCAGAGGACUUGCGACAGGACAAGGAGUAUGCUUACUGCACCACUUACACUCACUGCGAGAUCCAUCCAGCCAUGAUCCUCGGAGUGUGCGCCUCGAUUAUCCCCUUCCCUGAUCACAACCAGAGCCCCAGGAACACUUACCAAAGUGCUAUGGGUAAGCAAGCCAUGGGGGUCUACAUCACCAACUUCCACGUGAGGAUGGACACGCUUGCUCAUGUCCUCUAUUAUCCCCACAAACCCUUGGUUACGACUAGGUCCAUGGAGUACCUCAGAUUCAGAGAGCUCCCAGCUGGAAUCAACAGCAUCGUCGCCAUUCUCUGUUACACUGGGUACAACCAGGAGGACAGUGUUAUUCUCAACGCCAGUGCUGUUGAGAGGGGCUUCUUCAGAUCCGUCUUCUACCGAUCCUACAAGGAUGCAGAGUCCAAGAGAAUUGGAGAUCAAGAAGAGCAGUUUGAAAAGCCAACCAGGCAAACCUGUCAAGGCAUGAGGAAUGCAAUCUACGAUAAACUGGAUGAGGAUGGGAUAAUAGCCCCUGGCAUUCGUGUCUCCGGGGAUGACGUGGUUAUUGGAAAAACGAUAACCCUACCAGAGGCUGACGAUGAACUUGACAGCACCACCAAGCGCUUCACAAAACGAGACGCCUCGACUUUCCUCAGGAACAGUGAGACUGGAAUUGUGGACCAGGUGAUGCUGACUUUGAACAGUGAAGGCUACAAGUUCUGUAAGAUUCGAGUGAGGAGUGUGAGAAUUCCACAGAUUGGGGACAAGUUUGCCUCUAGACAUGGGCAAAAGGGUACCUGUGGGAUACAGUACAGGCAGGAGGACAUGCCGUUCUCUUGUGAAGGAUUGACACCAGAUAUUAUCAUCAAUCCUCACGCUAUCCCCUCUCGUAUGACCAUUGGUCACUUGAUCGAGUGCAUUCAGGGGAAGGUGUCCUCUAAUAAGGGGGAGAUUGGUGAUGCAACUCCUUUCAAUGAUGCUGUCAAUGUGCAGAAGAUCUCGACUCUUCUUCAGGAGUAUGGGUACCAGUUGAGGGGGAAUGAGGUGAUGUACAAUGGCCACACUGGGAGGAAGAUCAAUGCUCAGGUCUUCUUGGGUCCAACGUACUACCAACGUUUGAAGCACAUGGUGGAUGACAAGAUUCAUAGCAGGGCCAGGGGUCCUGUGCAGAUCCUGGUCAGGCAGCCCAUGGAGGGUCGUGCCAGGGAUGGCGGUCUGCGUUUUGGGGAGAUGGAACGGGACUGCCAGAUCUCUCAUGGGGCUGCUCAGUUCCUCAGGGAGAGACUCUUCGAGGUCUCUGAUCCUUACAGGAUUCAUAUUUGUAAUUUCUGUGGGCUGAUUGCUAUUGCCAAUUUGAGGAAUAAUACGUUUGAGUGCAAGGGGUGCAAAAAUAAGACGCAGAUAUCGCAAGUGAGACUUCCUUAUGCUGCUAAACUGCUUUUCCAGGAGCU